GACUGUACAGGAGCCGUGUGCUUACAGGACCUGCAUGAUGUCACCUUCAUGUGAUCACUUGGAGGAGGAGUCACAUGAUCAGGGGCUGCUGCUCUAGGCUCAUCUGCUCAGUGUAUGCAGGACUCUGCUGUCACAUGACCAUUAUCACAGGUCCUUCAAUCACAAUCUCUUCUAUGCCGCACUGAGUUCCGCCCACUCCUGUCACAUGAUCCUCCCCACAGGUCCUUCAGCCCCAGUCACAUCUAUACUGCUAAACUUUGCCCCCAAAUGUACUGGUCACAUGAUUGUGACAUCAUCACAGGUCCUACACCUCCAGCAUGUAGCAGAUACAGAGCAGGUCCUGGUGGGGCAGUCACUGCUGUUGUGUUGUGUGUGGAGAUCUCUCAGAGCAGCAGCCCCUGAUCAUGUGACUCCUCCUCCUCCAUGUGACUGAUCACAUGACGGUGACAUCAUCGCAGGUCCUGUAAGCACACGGCUCCUCUACAGAUACAGGUUUCUCCAAUCCAGGAUCCUCUGCUGAUAUCUUCUAUAUAAGAGAAUUCUCCUGGAUGACCCAUCAACCAUGGAGAGAGACAGGAACAAGAUGGCCGACAGGAUCAUAAACCUCACCAUACAUAUACUCUUCCGGCUUACUGGAGAGGAUUACACAGUAGUGAAGAAGUCCUCUAGUGGGCGCUGUCGGGCCCCUGUGUGUGAAGGAUGGGGAAGAACCCUGAGCCCAAUCCCAGGGCCCCCACCUCACUCCCUGAUACAUGAGGAAAUGGAUGAACAGAAGAUCCGAGAACUCAUCAACAAGAUGAUGGAGCUGCUGACUGGAGAGGUUCCUAUAAGGUGUCAGGACGUGGCGGUCUAUUUCUCCAUGGAGGAGUGGGAGUAUGUAGAAGGACACAAGGAUCAGUACAAGGAUCAGGUCAUGAUGGAGGAUCAGCAGCCCCUCACAUCACCAGUCAGAUCCAGUAACAUAACAGCACCAAAAUGGUGUCCCCGUCUUCUUGAUGAGCAGAAUAUGGAGGGCAUUACUACAGGGAAAGAUCUGAAAGAUCUGAUCUAUAAUAAUACUUCAGACUUAAGGGAAGAAGAAGAAGAGACAGAUGUGAGCGGUGAUGAGCAGUAUAAGGAGGACAUUCCUACAGGAAAAGAUUUGAUCAAUAUCAAUGCUACAGACAUAAAGGAAAAAGAAGAGACAGAUGUGAGUGGCGAUGAGCAGUAUAAUGAGGACAUUCCUACAGGGAAAGAUCUGAUCUAUAUUAAUGCUACAGACAUAAAGAAAGAAGAAGAGACAGAUGUGAGCAGUGAUGAGCAGUAUAAGGAGGACAUUCCUACAGGUAACCGCCCAGAUUCUUGUACCAGGAGAUCAGAGGAGAAUCUUAUAUCUUCAGAUUAUAAAGCAGAUGAUGAUAUCACACAAGAUACAUAUGAAGAACAUUCCAUUAUCCCAGAUACACCCUCAGCCCUUCACAGCCAAGAUCUGUCAUCUCAUCCUUAUAUACAGGUCCUGUCUUCUCAGUCAUCACAGGAUGUUCAGCAAGAUAAAGGUCACAGAAGGGGUGCUGGACAUCAGCGAGCUCAGAAAUCCUAUACAUGCUCAGAAUGUGGGAAAUGUUUUGCUAAGAAAUCACAUCUUGUUCAACAUCGAAGAACUCACACAGGGGAGAAGCCAUUUUCAUGUUCAGAAUGCGGAAAAUGUUUUACUGACAAAUCAAGUCUUGUUAAACAUAAAAGAACUCACUCAGGGGAGAAGCCAUUUUCAUGUUUAGAAUGUGGAAAAUGUUUUACUGACAAAUCAGAUCUUGUUAAACAUCAAAGAACUCACACAGGAGAAAAGCCAUUUUCAUGUUCAGAAUGCGGAAAAUGUUUUACUGACAUAUCAAGUCUUGUUAAACAUCAAAGAACUCACACAGGAGAAAAGCCAUUUUCAUGUUCAGAAUGCGGAAAAUGUUUUACUGACAUAUCAAGUCUUGUUAAACAUCAAAGAACUCACACAGGAGAAAAGCCAUUUUCAUGUUCAGAAUGCGGAAAAAGUUUUACUGACAAAUCAAGUCUUGUUAAACAUCAAAGAACUCACACAGGAGAAAAGCCAUUUUCAUGUUUAGAAUGUGGAAAAUGUUUUACUGGGAAAACAAAUCUUGUUCAACAUCACAGAACUCACACAGGGGAGAAGCCAUUUUCAUGCUCAGAAUGUGGAAAAUAUUUUACUCAGCUUUCCCAUCUUGUUAAGCAUCACAGAACUCACAAAGGAGAGAAGCCAUUUUCAUGUUCAGAAUGUGGAAAAUGUUAUACUGAGAAAUCAAUUCUUGUUCAACAUCAAAAAGCUCACACAGGGGAGAAGCCAUUUUCAUGUUCAGAAUGUGAAAAAUGUUUUCCUGACAAAUCAAGUCUUGUUAAACAUAAACGAACGCACACAGGUGAAAAACCAUAUUCAUGUUUAGUAUGUGGGAAAUGUUUUUCUGACAAAUCAAAUCUGGUUAAACAUGAAAGAACUCACGCAGGGGAGCAGCCAUUUUCAUGUUCAGAAUGUGGAAAGUGUUUUAAUGACAUAUCAAGUUUUGUUAUACAUAUAAAAAUUCACACAGAGGAGAAGCCAUUUUUCUGUGCAGAGUGUGGGAAAGGUUUUAUUGUGAAAUCAAAUCUUGUUCAGCAUCAAAGAACUCAUACAGGGGUGAAGCCAUUUUCAUGUGCAGAGUGUGGGAAAUGUUUUUCUCAGAAAUCAGAUCUUGUUAAACAUCAAAGAACUCACACAGGGGAGAAGCCAUUUUCAUGUGCAGAAUGUGGGAAAUGUUUUUCUCAGAAAUCCCAUCUUUUUAGACAUCAAAGAACUCACACAGGAGAGAAGCCAUUUUCAUGCUCAGAAUGUGGAAAAUGUUUUACCCAGCAUUCUCAUCUUGUUAAGCAUCACAGAACUCAUACAGGAAAGAAGCCAGUUUAGAGCAAUAAAUGAUGCAGAUAACACAUCUAUAUAUUAUCUAUGUACAUAGGAUAUCUGACAUUUAUACAUAUAUCAUAUACUGCAUCUCUAAACUUGUUGCCAAUUAAGUUAAUAGUUAAUAAAAGUUAAUAAAGGCUGUCUGGGCAUGCUGGGAGUUGUAGUUUUGCAACAUCUGGAGGUCCACAGGUUGAAGACCACUGGUAUAGGAAGUUGUACUCACCUGUCACCGCCGCUUCGGACCGUCCCCACUCGUCACCGCUGC